CCGAACUCGGUUCAUUGACAAAUGACAAUGAAAUCCUUCAUUCUGUUGGCGCUUUCACUGACUAGCGUCCACAUGACGACAGCAGCAGGAUCCGCGGCGCACAGGUGCUUCUGCCAGGUCACUGGGACUCUUGAUGAUUGUGCUUGUGAUGUUGAGACCAUCGACAGGUUCAACAACAAAGAAAUCUUUCCCAAACUACAAAAACUACUAUCAUCGGAUUAUUUCCGGUUUUAUAAGGUCAAUCUGAACAACCCCUGCCCAUUCUGGACAGACCACAGUCAGUGUGGACUCAAAUACUGUGCUGUGAAACCAUGCACACCGGGUGAAGUACCAGAGGGCCUUAAAUCCAGCAGUUAUAAGUAUUCAGAAGCAGCCAGUCAGGAUUUAGAGGAGUGUGAGAAGGCAGAGAAACUUGGAGCUGUCAACGGUUCUCUAAGUGACGAGACACGCCAGGCUCUUCAGGAGUGGAAGAAACACGAUGAUGAAUCGGACCGUUUCUGCAUGUUGGACGAUGUGGACUCGCCUGAAUCACAGUAUGUCGACCUCCUGCUCAACCCUGAGCGUUUCACCGGCUACAAAGGACCAGAGGCCUGGCGGAUCUGGAACAGCAUAUACGAGGAGAACUGCUUCAAACCAUAUUCAGUUAAACGGCCACUGAAUCCUUUGGCAUCUAACAGUGGAGAUGAUGGGCAGAGGUUCUACCGCUGGCUGGAGGGCUUGUGUGUGGAGAAACGAGCGUUCUUCAGGCUGAUCUCAGGACUGCAUGCCAGUAUAAACAUACACCUGAGUGCCAGGUACCUUCUAGAUGAAAACUGGUUCGAAAUGAAGUGGGGUCACAAUGUCUCCGAGUUCCAGCUUAGGUUUGACAAGGAGCUGACAGAAGGGGAGGGGCCAAAGAGGCUCCGCAACCUUUACUUCCUGUACCUCAUUGAGCUGCGUGCUCUGGCAAAAAUACUCCCUUAUUUUGAACGUCCCGCCUUCCAUUUGUACACUGGCCAACCCACAGAAGAUAACGAGAAAAAGAAAUUGCUUCUAGAGCUCCUCCAUAUGGCCAAAUCUUUUCCAUUGCAUUUUGAUGAGACUGCUCUAUUUGCUGGAAAUAAGAAGGAAGCCAUUAAACUGAAAGAAGACUUCAAGCUGACCUUUAAGAACAUCUCGCGCGUCAUGGACUGUGUUGAAUGCUUUAAAUGCAGACUUUGGGGCAAAUUGCAGACCCAAGGCCUGGGAACCGCGCUGAAAAUCCUGUUCUCUGAAAGGCAAAUAGAGGCAAUGCCCAACACAAGCAACACCAAUCCAUCAUUUCAGCUCAGCCGGCAGGAAAUUGUGUCUUUGUUCAAUGCUUUCGGAAGGAUCUCCACAAGUGUCAGAGAGCUGGACAACUUUCGGUCACUGUUGUCAAAUCUCAAACAGUGACUGUAAAAAUCCUUCAUUCAGCCACAGUCAAGAAUUUGACAUACAUAAAACGGACUUGUUUUGGGUUAAAUAACUGUUUUCAGAAG